CUAGGCUAUAACUAUCCCCCAAGCACACACACAUUCACUCACAUUCACUCACUCUCUUCCUUUGGCUUUGGAGAGGAAAGAAGAUGAGCUGCAGUGGCUGCCGAAUCCUCCGCAGAGGCUGCAGUGACCACUGCAUCCUAAGGCCAUGUUUGGAUUGGAUCCAAUCCCCUGACGCCCAAGCCCACGCCACCCUCUUCCUCUCCAAAUUCUUCGGCCGAUCCUGUCUUUUGACCUUCAUCGCCUCCAUCCCCGUCUCCAAGCGCUCCGCGCUCUUUCAGUCCCUCCUCUAUGACGCGUGCGGCCGCACGGUCAACCCGGUCAACGGGGCAGUGGGGCUGCUCUCCACUGGCAACUGGCAUAUAUGCCAGGCCGCGGUGGAGACCGUCCUUGCUGGAAAGGUCCUGCUGCCGAUUAGCCUCGGGAGCCCGCACGGCCCCAUGCAGGAUUGCUUUAGCCAACUCGGAUGGGUCCCCAACUGCAUCGAGACGAUGCCGGAAAGUGGGGUUGAUCAAGUUGGGGCUGAGGAAAUGCCAAAGCUGCUCAACCUUUUUGCUUAAGCAUGGGCUUCACCUAAAGAAGAAGAAGAUGAAGGCGACUUCAUUAAUCCUCUUUUUCUUUUUCUUUUUCUUUAGUUGUUUUUUUUUUCAAAUUAAGUGAGUUGGGACUAAGUGAGGAGGAAAAUUGCUUUUCGUUUAGAUCCCAUGUUUCGGAAAUUGUAUCUCUUUUUGUAGGAGAGUACUAUUUUGAUGAAUAAAGAUAGAAAUAAAAUUA